GGAUGCUGUGAACGUCACAGCGCAACUUAAAAGGACCGCCUUUGCAAAGCAUAACUUGUCUGCAAGCUUUUAUUCACGUUUAUGUGAGAGUCUAUGAUCCUGAAAGCCGCCUUGACCCUGACAUGGCUGAGGUCCCACCGCUGCAAGUAGACCCGGACUUUGAGCCUCUCACCCGCCCGCGCUCUUGCACCUGGCCGUUGCCGGAGCUCAUCGACCAGACGAACUCCACCACAUCCUCCCCAGCUCCGUCCACGCAUCAGGAGCCGCAGGGAAACGCUCGCAAUCUCGGUUUACUGGAAGAGGAUUAUGAGGAGGAUGGCUCGUAUGUGGCCCAUUCUGACUUCCAGCGUUCUGAGGGGCUGCACCUCCACCAACACCUGCAUCAGCCAGGCCCGCAGCUACCAGCGCCCCAGCAACAGGUGCCCCUUUCCGGAAUGGCCCCCUUGGGGGGCUCCAGCCAGAGGAAAAGCAGCUCGUCCCGACGGAACGCUUGGGGGAACAUGUCAUAUGCUGACCUCAUCACCAGGGCCAUCGAGAGCUCACCCGAGAAGAGGCUGACUCUUUCCCAGAUUUACGACUGGAUGGUGAAGAGUGUGCCUUACUUCAAGGAUAAAGGAGACAGUAACAGCUCUGCAGGAUGGAAGAAUUCCAUCAGACACAACCUCUCACUGCACAGCCGCUUUGUGCGCAUUCAGAACGAGGGAACCGGGAAGAGCUCGUGGUGGAUGCUCAAUCCAGACGGAGGGAAGAACGGCAAGUCACCUCGACGCAGAGCUGCUUCGAUGGACAACAACAGUAAGUUCGCCAAGAGUCGAGGGCGAGCUACAAAGAAAAAGCUGGCUCAACAAGAAGGGGCCGAGGGAGGAGCGAGCAGUCCCGGUUCCCAGUACUCCACCUGGCUGGGAAGUCCAAGCUCCCACAGCAACGAGGACUUGGAGGCCUGGGGCUCCUUCCGAACACGCACCAGCUCAGAUGCUAGCACCCUCAGCGGCCGCCGCUCACCUUUCUCCUCUGAGCAGGAUGACCUGGCAGAAGCCGACAGUCACCUGAUGUACCCUGGGGGGAGCAAGAUCACCACCCCUUUACCCAGCCUGUCUGAAGUGUCGGGCUCCAUGGGGGGUUCGGAGAUUGUCAUGGAGAGCCUGGCGGAUAACUUGAACAUGCUGUUUCCGAAGAACCCCCCGAUGGGUUCUGACUCUUGCUCUCCUAAUGGCGCCAUGCUUCAGAGCGGUCCCUAUAACUCCCCCCAACCACAGCAGGACUAUGGAAAAUGCGUUUAUGGCCCGGCUCGGAUGAACUCCAUGUCCUGUGUCUCCAUGCAUUCACUUCCAGAAGACAAGCAGGACUACGGGCCUUAUGAGAACCAAUAUAUGUGCCCCGCUGGCCUCCUUAAAGAGCUCCUGACCUCAGAUGCAGACACCAGAAGAAACAUGAUUCCCUUCAAGGAUUCGCUUGUGUCUCAUGUCGGGAGGGGCCGUUGUCCAGUGCCCACCUAUGAGAGCCAGAGCCAACCAGUAGGUCAUAAUGGCGCAAAAAUGAUCCAUCCGUCCCAGUGUCUCCCUGUCCUUCACGCAAAUCCACAAGCUAUACAUAACCAGGGUCCUCCAACGUCACGAGACCUGAAUAGCAGUAACAUGAUCCCCUUGACCAAUUUGACUAGUCUCUCAGGGGCCCCUCCUCAAAUGACGAGCCUGAGGACACACCUGCAACUGUCCCGUGGUCACCCGGCUCUGGCUAACGAUGUCACGGCGACCUACCGCAGCAGCAGCAGCAACAACGGCUACAGGGAAUUUCACCCGCAUGCACAUCAUCAGGAGCGGCUGCCCAGUGACCUGGACAAUAUGUCCAUUGAGAGGUUUGAAUGUGACGUGGAGUCUGUCCUCCAUGACACACUCAUGGAUGGCGGGGCGUUAGAUUUUAAUUUCGAUCCAGCAGCUGGGGCUCAAGUGUUCCCACAGAGGGUGAAGACAACCACUCACAGCUGGGUGUCAGGCUAAGGUGGUGGAGCUCACCCUGUGUGUGUGUGUGUGUGUGUGUGCAAUUUAAGAAAAAGUAUAGAAAAAGUGCCAUAAUUAUUUUGAAGAUUUAAUAUAGGCUAGGCAUCAAUGACCAAUUAAUAUAAGUAAAAUAACAUCUUCUUUUACUAUCAACAAGUAAGACAGGUUAGUAUUAAUAAAUUCACAAAUUAUAUUCAUAUAUUAGAAAUUUCGAUGUUGCACAAGCAUCAGUAGGACAAAGUAUAGUUCAAAGCCUGAAAUAAUUCCAGACCGCAUGACAUCAUCACUCGGGUACCAGCAGAAAAAAAAUAGACCGAAAUUUGUUAUUUUUAGCUUUUUUUUUGCUAAAUCCAGCCAUCCAUUUUCUAUGCAGCUUAUCCUCACUAGGGUCGCAGGUAUGCUGGAGCCUAUCCCAGCUGACUUUUGGGCUGUACUGUACCCAUAUUCAGUAAAUAAGAAGGAUUAUAGUGUAUGGUUAUAAUAAAGUAAACAUACAAUCAUUCCUAUACUAUGUUUUACGCAUGGUGGAAUGGUUGUAUAUUUGGAGUUCAUGAUGUGAAAAACAUCCAGCAGUGAGUGUGUCAGAUCUCUUCACUUGCUAGGAAGAAAUCCGCAGGGUUUUUAUCUCAUAGUACACAGAUUUGCAAACAUCAAUAGUACAAAUACUUCCAUAAUCUUGUAGUUGUAUCACUCAGUCGGGGUUAAAUGUGACAUAAACAUGAUCGAGUUAACAGUAUUGCAAAGGAUAUAUGCACACGUUUUAUGUCCAGAUCUCUAUACGAGAUUUUUAAAUAUAAUAAAAUACAAAUGUAUUUUUUAUAUGAUUUUUAAAAAGUAUUUACAAAGAUAUUUUCCGGUGCCAUGAAAAUGAAGGUAGCUAAAUACAGAUAUUCAAGAUUUUCUUUUAUAAAUCACCACUGUAUUUGCUGUAUUCUCCUCAAUAGAUAUUAAAUAUGAACUACAUUUGUGUCCUAAAAUAAGCCAUUAUUUACAAACUGUAUCAUAUUUAUUUGUUUUUAUUGAUUCUGUUUGACCUUUUCUCUUCAGCGGUGCUGUAUAUUAUUUCUGCACUUAAAGUAGUUGCUUUUUGUUGUUUUUUGGGGGUGGUUCCAAGCAAGCCAUAUACAGUAAGAGAUGUUGCCAUAGUGGAUUAAUAGUUUGUAUCAAUGCAGCAAUUAUGCAGGUGUUAGUGAAAACAUAUCAGGAAUUAUUUGUUUUCCUUUGCUGGCGUGAUCGUUGUUUUCAUUCAAAGUAAAGGGAUGCUGAAGAAACACUGCACUGGAGUUAUUUUAUGUUGGACUUUUAUUAUUUUACUGCAGCUAAAUUUGUUAUAUAGUUUCAAUGUUAAUAUUUUAAAUAAAAUGCCAAAUCACUGUGCUUACAAUAUGCACUCAGGCUGUAUAUAUUCUAUUCUUGACUAGUUUUUAUGGAUAUUUAAAUAAGUUUGUUAUGAUUAUACAGAAAUGUAAGAUUGUGUUACAAAUGGUUGUUUACGUAUCUCAGUUCAAACUAUACCAGUAAAUCUAUGAACAUUCAAUACCUCAAAAUAAUGUUACCUCUUAAGCCUUGAGGGAUAUUUCCCCCUUUUAUUAUAGUGUGUAAUUUUAUUUACUUUUUAUGUACAUAUUUUAUUCCUUACAUAUUUUGUGUUAUUUUUGUGUUGUUUUAUGUGAUUUUUUUUAAAUUCAGAAUAUGGUCAGCUCACAUGUAUAUUGCAUGAUUUCUUUUACAAUUAUAGCCGUUAGU